AGAGAUAUUUUUCUUUUCGGAAGAAGAUCCCGACAAAGCGGCCCUAUUUCUUUUCAUCCAGAAAAAAGUCGAAGAACCCGAAAAGCGACGAUGUACGCCCGAACGAAUACCGGCAGCGCACACGGAGACUUCCAGGAUCGAAACGGAGUAAAUUAUGUGACAUCGACAGAGACCUUCGGUCACUGCUCUCAAUUGUUCUGGAAAAAGGAUCCCAACGACUCCGGACCGAGUUCGACCAUCAGUUGGUGUGAUCAGCUCCCUUCGUCCUCAGCAGCCCUCACCACCUCCAGUCUCUCCGCAGCGUCACUGUCCACCUCUAGUCUUUCCCUGGACUCCAGAGCGCCACCCCCUGCAACGACGACGGUGGCAGACGACAUGGAAUCCGACGAGAGGCCAUACGUCUGUGACAUGUGCACCUGCGCCUACAAGCACGCCAGCUCCCUGCUCAACCACAAGCUCACCCACAAGACAGGAGACUUCAGAUGCGACUUUUGCAGCAAGCCCUACACCAACUACAUGUCCCUACGCAACCAUAUGCGAAUUCACGGUCAGAAGCGCUACAUGUGCGACCUGUGCGGGAAGGCCUUCCGCCUUGCCCGGUACCUCCGUAACCACCAGAGGAUCCACGAUGACGGACCCAACCGCUUUGACUGUCCCUCUUGCUGCAAGAGCUUCAGGACUAUGCUGGAGCUGGCCCAGCAUCGCUGCACCGCUGCUGCAUCUAACCAGUCUGGCAGUCGCCGGUCCAAUUUCUCCACCACUCCUCGCCGUCAGCAGCAGCGGCAGAACAACGCUAACUCCAUGAUGCAACAGCAACAUGGAGGACACGGUCGACAGGAACCUCUUCCCUCCCACUGCGUGUCACCAAUGUCUCAGGGCGGGCAAGGCGGCAAUGUGGCCAGCCAGUCCGUACCUGACCCCCACCAGCAGGGCCGUCCCAGUUCAGUGUCCUCCCAGAGCAGCCAGCAGAGCAUGAGGAGCUCGUCCUCCAACAAACACGUCUCCUCCUCUAGCGCCGCCCCAUCCUCCUCCUACUCCCUGCUCCAGCCCCUGGUGCCUGAGGUAAAGGAGAUGAGCUUGGGAUACACUAGGCUGAGCGCCAACCCUAUGCCGAAGCACCAGGACACUUUCUCUCUGGCCCCCCAGCGGCCCCUCACCACCAUCAACCCCAUUGGCCACUCCCUUCAUCCGAACGGAGCGCCCACACUCAAGCCUUCCCCCGUGCCACGCACCAUCCAGGCCAUGCCCUGGGAGCAGCGCUCCCUCUACAAUCAAUGAGACCUCCAUCCCCACCCAUCCCCUUCACUUUGCAUCUGUCGCCACCCCCUCUUCGUCCCCACCCAUUUCGGAUCCAGCAUCAAGGACGGAGGACUCCAGAGGCGCCCCCUCCUCCACCUCACCCCUCCUUUGGAACGUUAUGUUUGGGAUCAGGGACGGGCACUAUUGAGAACUAGUUAAGAUUGAUUACCAAGUAGUUAGGUUAAAAUGUGUUGCCUUGACCCUCAUGUAUGAUCUAUGCCAUGUACUGGAUAUAAGUUAAAAUGUCCCCUAAUCUGUCCUCUCACCGAGAAUUUAUCCUCCUCCCCCACUCUAGUUAUGAAAAUAUCUAUCCUCCCCAUUAUGAAUAGUGUCUCUCCUCACCCCCCACUCUCCUUAUCCAUAUGUUAAAAGAAACAAGAGGCUAUUUUUUAUCAAGAGUGUGUUCCAAGCCCUGAACCCUGAAGUCGUCAAAGUAAAUGUGACAAAGUUCUCCAUUCAGUUUGAUAUGUUUCCGAACAUAAAACCCAACUUUUUGCUAAAGGAGGCUUCUGGAAAGUAAAGGGAAAGGGGGAAACAAACUUUUUUUUAAACGUACCCCUUCAACAUGCUCCAGAAUGAACUUUGUGUAUAUUGUGCGUUAGGAGGUGUCAUGACUAUUUCAAGAAGUCGUUUCCGUUCUGUUUGACGUUACAGCACCCACACCUCUCAUCUCUGAGCACCAGGCAACAGGGAGGACCACAACUAUUGUUCAGCAAAGCAUUUUGGGAAAAGUACAAUUUGUGCAGUUGGGCUUCUCUGUGUCGAGAAGGGAACUGAAGCCCCGCUGUCGGAAAAGGACGUGUUAACUACGCAGCCGCAGAAUAAGGACAGCGUGGUGCGGUGACCUUCUUUCAACACACAACUGAAAGUUCUCUUUUCCUAAACGUGCAUUUGAGUGGUGGCACGUUGUUACUGUAGUUUUACUGACUGUUGGCUGGGAAUCAAAUCUAGAAGAUAAAAGUACAGGUCUCCAUCCUUUUUUGUUCCAAACUCACCGUUGACAUGUGUUCCUUUCACUUUAAAGCACUUGAAGACAAGUGCUGUUUAAUUAUUACUGUUACUGUCUCUGCCACUCAUCGCCUCCCUCUGUCUGGAGCUGUGUGUAACAUUGCCUUACAUCCACCCCUCAUGGCAACUUUCUUACAUGAUCGUCGGUAGGGAAGUCACUGUGGAAAUCUCUCCCAUGGGGUAAUAAACUCGUGAAAAAACUGGCGUUACUGGUUACACUGGACAUUUAACAAGAAAACAUGCGUGUUUGCUCGGUGUGUGCACGGCAUUUAUGGAGCGAGAUCUGUAACGGUAGAUUUCUCUGCAGGCAGCCUCACUCUUCUGCUCGCACGUGAAGAUGUGUGCAGUGUUACAUUAUCCAGACUGACAGUCCACAUCACAUUAAAACAUCCAACGUCUUUAUCUUUUAACGCCCAAUCCUUACAACCCGUUUCCCUGUGCUGUGACUCUUCUGUAGAGCGAGACGACGCGACCUGAACCUGACGGGACAACAUACCCGUCUACCCGUCGGGCUGUGAGUCACGCUCUACGGAGCUGACACUUUCACCUUAUAACUGCAGCGUUGAAAAAUGAACCAAGCAGGUUUUAUUUCUAAUAAAAAUUAAACCGUUAUGGCCACUGAGCUAAUUCCGUAUAGUGCCUGAACACUGUGUAACCAGUAACACCGGCUACCGCGCUAACCCUGCAGGUGACUCGGCAGCAGAACCGGUGCCUGGUUUGUUUCCGUCCCAUGGAUGUAUGUGGAAGCUACAGUGGCCAAUGGACAGAAUGUUCUCAGCUCUGGACAUCACUCCCACCCCAGCCUCACCCUCACCCCUGCUCCGACACGUCCUCCAGUGUUGCUUUUCUUGUAGAGAACGUCAUGCCUGCAUCUCACUGUUCCUGGUAUGGAUUUAGUUAACACCUACCUGCCGGGUGUUUCAAUAAGCAGCCAGUCGUCGUUGGCAGGAUGAAUCCAAAUUCACCCUAAAGUGUUUUGUAAACAGUUGUUUUGAUGAAUAACAGUUUAAACAUGGAUCCCAUAGGUAGUUAUGUUAGGUUUUCUUGCUAACACGGUGCUCAUUGAAAUACCCACAAUUCUACUGACAUUGUAUUUUCUCUUUUAAAAGUUGUUUCUAUUUUUAUUCAUGACAUGUUUUCAUCGUUGCUUUUCUCUCUCCUUGUAA